GCGAAAGCUCAACCCUUCUAUAUACAAAGUUUUCCUUUCAUUAAUUCCCUUUUCUUUCUUUUUCUAAAUCAUUUUCCAUCUUGCAUGACAUUCUAUCUAGUAUUGGCGAAGGAGAGGAAAAAAAAGAAGAAAAAGGAAGUCAUUUAUUAAGCUAAAGAUAAAUUUCUCCUACAAAAAAGACAAUCAAAUAUAUAUAAGAUCUUCUUCUAAUUGUUUCACUUGAACAAUUCUUUGGUAUAUUGACAUUGCUCACAUUAUUUCUUCAAGUUGGCUAUAUUAUGAGGGCAAUGGAAACCGACGAUUAGAAAGGAUAAAAUAAAUAGAAAAAAGGGGCUUUUUUGUAGGUUAUGAGCAUAAAGAUGAAGGGCCUACUCAAGGGCCUCAGAUACAUUUCCCAGAUUUUUGAGGAAGAGGAGGAUGAUAAGGAAAUGCAAAUAGGUUUUCCCACAGAUGUAAAGCAUGUAGCUCAUAUUGGAUGGGAUGGUCCAUCUGUAAACUCACCAAGUUGGAUGAAUGAGUUCAAACCCCCAGAAGCAGGGAAUACAACAGCACCACUACUAAACGGAGACGCUAACAAGGAUGUUGAGGACGUCAACUCGCAAGAUUCAUCCACCAAAAGAAAUACUUCUGUAAGAGAUUCUCCAGCGAGAGACUUACCAGGUUUGCCAAAGUCGUCAAGACGGCAACCAUCAAUGGACAGCAUUGGGUCAACAGACUCUCCACUUGGGAGUCCAAGCCACAAAUCCAGAUCCUCCAGGAGGCGCCAUAAACAAAAGGAAAUCACUAGCCCCCGAGUCGGUGAAUCCUCCAGCUCACAAAGCCUUCCUAACAUACCCAAGAAAUCUAGACGAAAGAAAUCCAAAGAUGGAGAAGGCUCUGUCAAGGCAAUGUCAAAGUCAAAAGAUAAAGGUUCAAGGCACGGGUCUAGGCUUGGAUCGGAUGAUGUGUCAUUGACCAAGCAGUACAACGUUGAGGCGAAUUCCAGCACGAGUUUGGCUUCGCUCAAGGAAGAAGAGAUGAAGGGACUGUAAAUUCAAAUUUUUGGGGAGUUUUUAAAAGAGCCUGUUCUCCAUAAGCAAAGACGGCUAGUAUUUGCCAUUUUGCCUUAGGAGGUGAAAUCAAAAUACCAGCCGCCUAGCUUCUUUGCGAAGAAAUUGGCUUCUUUUUGUUUACUGAAUGUGUUGGGUAUUUAUUGGUAGAGUUCUAAUUUCUGAGAAUGCAAGAUAUCGGAAAGCUAAGGGAAGAAAAAAAGACUUUUAAAUUUAGCUUCCUAUAAAAUCCCAUCAUUUGUAAAUAUUGAUGGAUAGGAAGAAUACACAAGGGAAACAAGAAAAGCACAAGAUUCCACUGUCAUUUUUGCAUGCAUAUAAAAGAUGACAUCCAAAUUUUGUAUACAAUUUUAGAUUAUCUAGAGGGGAUCAUGAUAUGUAUACAUAAUACACUUUCUUGUCAACGAUAAGAAGCUUACCUUGUAAAGUUUUUGUUCAUGAAAGUUGAAAAAAAUAAGAGUAUGAUGACUUUUACUAUCA